AUGGCGACGAAGAAUGUUAUCGAAAUUGAGGAUGCUGUAGAAGUAGGGCCUCCUCGAAAGCGAGUCAAAUUCAAUCAUUUCGCCGAGGAGGUCCUCUUCGUGGUCGUCGAAGGGCCGAGGAAAGGAGUGAAGAGGACGAGAGUCAACGGGCCGGAGAUUCGGAAGGUGAAGGUGGAUGUGAACGAGUCGCCGGCGAAGAGGAGACGACCGAAGGAAGUGUCGCAGGAGGAGAUGCUGGCCACGUUCGGCACCGAUGCCGAGCCAAUCGAGAUCGACACGACGCCGCACAGCUAUUUUUGCUAUCGAUACUGUGUGGCCGGUUGUGCGCAUGACUGCCCGUGCCGAAAAGAUCAGGCGGACGGCGAAUCGGGAGUGGGCCGCGAUGGAGCCGGUGACGGAUGGAAUGGCGGAGCAGGAGUGACGGUUGGCGGAGAAGGCGGCGGCGGCGGCGGCGUUGGUGAAGCCGAGAUGGAGCGUGUUUGCGGAGGAGGAUGA